AUGUUUACUUUUCGCCGGCGACCGCGACAAAACUAUGGGCUCUACUUGUUGGCCGUUCAACUCUUCAGUGCACGCUACAUCCCGCCGAUCACUCUAAGUGCCAUACUGCUACAAAUUGCUAUAUUCCUUGAAGCAAUGUGUCUUCUGCCAUCUCGUGUUCUGUAUCGUUCGGAAUGGUUACGAAUGCUUGCAUCCGUAUUUAUGCAUGCAGAUGAUAUGCAUCUUUAUUUCAAUAUGGGCAGGCGUUUGGAGCCUCUCCUCGGUUCCAGGCAUUUUUUGUUGAUGCUUAUCGUAUUUGCUGCGCUAACAAGCGGUACUAUGGUUGGCCUAAGUUAUUUGAUCGAUGAAGUCUUAGAAUUCAGUGGCGCAAAUUUUAUGAAUCAAUGCGCUGUUGGGUUCUCGGGUUAG